AUGGUGGCCGAUUAUACGAAUAGCUUUGCUAUCAAAAAAGUCACAGAGUCGGACGCAGCAUCUAAAGCUGCACGGAUUCGCCAGUGGAAACCUACAUCCGCAGCAGAGAUGAAACGAUUUUUCGGCUUGAUUAUUUUCAUGGGGUUCGUAAAAUUACCCAAAAUAUCCUACUACUGGUCAAAAGAUGCUGUACUUGGACAGAAUUUUCCUCGAACAAUAAUGAGUCGAAACCGAUUUGAGCUGAUGUUGCAAAUGCUGCACUUUUCUCAGCAAGACGAAGACAAUAAAUCUAAUAGAUUACACAGGAUUGAGAAAUUGCUCGAAGAUAUGAACAGGAACUUCCAAAAAAACUACACCCCUUCCGAAGAGAUCUGCAUAGAUGAAUGCGUGGUGCCUUUUCGCGGACGAAUAACUUUUCGACAAUACAAUAAACAAUAA